GCAAUUAUAAGAUGUUUUCCUUAAUUAAUUAUUUUAAUUAUUAAUUUUUGUAAAUAAUUUAUUAUGAUUUUAUUAAAAAAAAAAAAAUCCAACAAUACAAAAAAACGAAAGCCAAUAUAAAUAAAAAUGAUUUUUAAAAAAUUUUUUAAUAUUUAACAAAAAAAAACAAAAAAAAAUCCAAAUAAUUAAAAGUCAAAAUUAUUGAUCCAAAUCUUAGAGCAGACUCCACACUUUUUUUUUCUAAUGAGUGGAGCGCUGUAAGAAAACAUCAUCGUCCUUUGCAACAGGAUACCAAAUGCCAGAGAUCUUAAAUUUAGCUGGGAUGGCAGACGCCGAACCAGAUUUAUCUACUUUUGAAAAUAAAACCGGUCUGGCAGAAGACAUGAAAUUUCUUGCCUCAAUGCCAGAACUGUGUGAUGUUACAUUUUUAGUUGGGGAUACCAGAGAACCUGUUUGCGCUGUUAAAGCUGUUUUAGCUGCACGUUCAAGAGUAUUUGCUAAAAUGUUAUAUUCAGCACCAUCACCACAAAGAAAACGUGAAACUUCAACAAAAGAAAAUAAAUUGAGAUUAUUUUUGAAAAGAUCUUCAGAACCAUUACUUAAUUUACAAAAUGCUGCUCAACAGAGGAGCGGGUUCAGCCAACAAUUGGCACCGAUUCCGGAGCCUGCUGGUCAACAACAUCAAACAUUAAUUAUUGAAGAAUUUGAGCCUGAUGUAUUUCGUCAACUCAUCGAAUAUAUUCACACCGGAUGUGUUACAUUACAGCCAAGAACUUUACUUGGUGUCAUGAAUGCAGCCGAUUAUUAUGGUUUAGAAGAGUUAAGACGGGCUUGUGCUGGAUUUGUUCAAUGUUGUAUAAAUGUUGAUACUGUUUGUGCUUUAUUAGCAUCGGCUGAACGUUAUAUUCAAUAUAAAUGUACAAAAUCUUUAGUUCAAAAAGUUUUAGAAUUUGUUGAUGAACAUGGAAAUGAAGUUUUAAAUUUGGGUAGUUUUACUCUAUUACCUCAACAUGUUGUCAGAUUAAUUUUAGCUCGUGAAGAACUUAGAGCUGAUGAAUUUACGAAAUUUCAAGCUGCUCUAAUGUGGAGUAAAAAAUAUUAUGAUAAUAAUCCGAAUAUCGACAUGAAAGAAAUACUUGGAAAUUUUUUGGAAUACAUUCAAUUUCAUAAAAUACCAGCAAAUGUUUUGAUGCGUGAAAUUCAUCCAUUGGGUUUAGUUCCAUAUUCCAUAAUUAUGAACGCAUUAGCAUACCAGGCAGACCCAGCAAGUGUCGACCCCGGAAAGUUAUCUCCAAACUCUAGCAGAGUGAGAAGAGCACGUCAAUCCCAAGGCAGAUCGAUGUCAGUUCAAAGUUCAAUGGAUCCCUAUGGCUCGAAUACAACUUUAAGCUCAAGUGGCAGUAGUGAUCCAACAAGUGGUCCACCAAAUAGCAACUAACAUAAGUUGAACGGUCCCUCUUCCUCCUCCCACCAUCAUUCUAAACAUUCACUACCUAAAAUUCGAAAAGCCAAAUCUCAAAGUUUUCGUACUCGUCGAAGUCCAUCUGAACGACGCAGUCCUAAUAACCUUGUACAAAAUCAA